CAAGUUUCAGUGGUCCGCGUCCUGCCGGUUUUAUUUCAUUUCAAUUCACUGUGACAUUAACACACACUACUGCUUCCUACCGUGCCUAAUCACACCGCCAAAUUAUUACUCGUGUGCAUUAGUCCGUGCCGCAUGCGUUCCGUCAUAUAUUUCCACACUAUAUAUCGCAUAUAUCUGGCCUGUUUGGUGAUAUAGUUUUGGCGACUCGGCGAGUAACCGUUCCAAAUCGCUCUCAACCGCGCCAUGGCCGGCUAGACUGCAUGCUAAUGCUACACAUUUAUAUUGUACAACCCCGCCGGUGGGGAGGAAGAGAGAGCGAGAGAGCGAAUCAUCAUGGCUAGUCAUGUCUUCAUGAUCCGGCAAGAGACGGCGCCGGCGCAGUGGUGGUUCCUCUCGCUGGCUUUCGUCGGCGCCGCCUACGCCGCCACCGUCACGCUCCGUUUCGUCGCCUACCUCGCGCUCUGCCGGUGUCACCGGCCGAAGGACGACCUCCGCCGCCGGUACGGCGAAUGGGCCGUCGUCACCGGGCCAACGUCCGGCAUCGGCCGUGCCAUGGCGCUGGAGCUCGCGCGCCACGGCCUCAACCUCGUGCUCGUCGGCCGUGACCCAGCCAUCCUCCGGGAGAUCUCCGGCACGGUCAGGUCUCUCCACAAAGUGAAGACCAAGACCGUGGUGUUUGACCUGUCCCUCGUCUGGACCCCCGAUGGUGAUGAGCCGCUGCGGCGGCUGCGGGAGGCGGUGGAGGGGCUGGACGUCGGGGUGGUGGUGAACAACGCCGGCGUGGCGAAGCCCGGCGCCGUCUACCUGCACGAGGCGGACGUGGAGGCGUGGGUGAGGAUGGUGCGGGUGAACAUGUCGGCAGUGACGGAGGUGACGGCGGUGGUGCUACCUGGGAUGGUGUCGCGGGGUAGGGGCGCCAUCGUCAACAUCGGCUCGGCUGGGUCGGAGUACAUCCCGACCUUACCUCUCUACACCAUGUACGCCGCCACCAAACGGUACGUGGCUCAGUUCUCCCGGAGCCUUCACGUCGAGUAUGCAAGUAAAGGGAUCCAUGUGCAGUGCCAGAUUAUGAUGAAAUCUGGAAAGCAUAAGGGAAUCAAAUAGCUAGGAGUAUGUAUGAUGCUAUGUAUGUGCAUGCGCGCAGGCGCCGUUCUUCGUGGAUACGAGGCUGAUGUUCAGGUUCGAGGAGGCGGCGGGCGGCGUAUCGCUGUUCACGGUGACCCCUGACGCGUACGCGCGCGCGGCGGUGGCGUGGAUCGGCCGCGGCGGCGCGCUGUGCACGCCGGCCGUCCGGCACCAGCUGCUACGGCGCAUGGCCGCCGCCGCGCCGGACUCCGUCCACGACUGGAUCCUCCUGCGCUUAGCCACCUGGAACAGAAAACGUUGUUUCAGCGGAUCUGAGUGACAGAUGACAGAUUAUGUGAUGCUAAAGAAUUGCCAACAAAUAAAUAAUGUGUCUUCGAAAAGUGCAAUUGCCGAGAAAUUGUUUGUUGCCCAUUUUAUGCAUAUUUGCAUACACAUAAUCGGUUCCGAGAUCUAGUAUUUUCCCAAUUAA